UCCGUGGACACCAGUGGCGGAGGAGCCCUUCCCUCGGAGGCGGAGUCUAGCUCUACCCGCAGGCGCCCUCUGGAGGCUUCGGUGCGUGCUUGUCGGGAUCUUGCACGUUGGACCCUUGAGGGCCCCCACGGCCAAAGUCCCGCCCCCUCAGUGAGCCUGGUGACAGGUGUUUCCGCACCUGUUCCCUCCCCCGGAUUAACCGCACCCGCCCCUCUAAACCUGAGCUCGUCCCAGGCUCGGCCUGGUGGGCUGGGUGUGGACCCGGAAGUGCUGAGGGGGCGGGAUCGCGGUGGGGGAGGGGUACGUGGGAACAGGUGAGUUGCUCCCCUUUAACCGAAGCUCGAGUCAGCUGGGGUCUGGCGGGGCCCUGGGCCCUGGGCCAGUGGCCUGGUGAGUGUGUUCCCUGGGCUGGGGCCUUCCCGUACCCGCGCUCGGCCUUCCGCAGGGACCUGCAUCGGGCCCUCCUCUGUGUUUACACAAGGGGCUGGGUUCCCCGGAUCCCAGGCUAAAACCUGAUGAAUGAGGUGAGACAGCCGGAAGGACGGCAGAAAUAGAGGCAGGAGGUCUCCAGACCCCUGUUCUGACCUCCGAAAAGGCAAGGCAAGGAGGGAAAGGGGAUGGGGGUCCGGACACACGGGGGGAGCUCUGGAUGGGCGAGAGGGAGUCCUGGUUUUAUUCCUCUUUAUCUUUGUAGGCCUGGUCGCUGUGGCCUGGAGGAGGGAAGCUGCCUGGGUGCCGUGAUUGGAAGGAGGGGCCGCUGGUUUGCAGGGAUCAGGGGUCCACAGCCCAAAGGUUGGGUCAGGAGCCUCAAAGGAACAGCAUGAGAGGGAGACAGGACAGGAGACAGAGUGGUCCUUGGCCAGGAAUAUGUGGUUAGCUAGCAGGAGAUAGCAGGAUUCGGGUAGAAACCCCGGCAGGGCAGCUCGGCCAGGGAUCAGCAGAGAUCAGAGGGCAGCCCGAGAGCACUCCGGCUGGGAGACAGGCGGGCAGGGGCAGCCAAUCCAAGGAACGGUGGUUGGUCAGGCCCUCCAACCAGAUGGGCCGGUUCCAUGGUGAUGAAACCUCCUGGUGAGCGGAUCCUCCGCUGUGGCAGCCCGAGUGGGUGUGAACCCCCAGGAGCAGGGUCCCCAGUCCACGGAGACCGGUCUCGUUCCCUGGCUGGAUAAGGGGGAUGCCCAGACUUCGGGCUGGAGCCCAUUCUUCCUAAGCUGAGCGAGCAGGUCCAAAGGGGAGGUGCGUGGAAUGAUCCGGCCGUGAGAGCCGCUGAGCCAGCCGCGAGUUGUCAGGAAAAACAGAUUCUGCGGGACACGGCCGGGUGGUCAGAUACGGACAUUGUUGGAAGCAAUCGAUGCCUGCCAGAUAAUCCAAAGGAGAGCGUCAGUUCGACGCGCUAUUGGUCAGGGGCACGUAGGCAGCCCGCUCUGCCUUUAGUUGGGGACAUUUGGGUGGUAGGAGACAGGCAGGCGGCCUGUCGCCUGGAGAUGGUGGGGCAGUCGGCCGGCUCUCUGGCCAGGACAGGUGGGCCAUCAGCCUGACCAAGGCUGAGCCAGCAGACCGGUCAUUUGGGGCAUCGCGUGGCCAGCAGGCCGGAAGUUGUUGCGGGGCGGAGCAUAGAGGAGGAGUUGAGGGGUCCCGUGGCCGCGUAGAAUCUGCCUGGCGGGAGACCCCCAGAUGGUCAGUGCCCCAGAGACGGCCAAACCCUCCGCCGCCCAGCCUCACGGCCGUCCCGCCCCAGCAGCCCCAUGUCAGCCUCCCAGCUGGCAGCGCUGGAAGGAGUGGAGUCAGAGGCCGGGGGGCCGCCCUUGACCGAGGCCAGCCCCGGCUUCCUGUAUUCUGAGGGCCAGCGGCUGGCGCUCGAGGCCCUGCUGAGCAAGGGCGCGGCGGCGUUCGAGGCCUGCGUGCAGCGAGAGGGGCUGCGGCCCUUCCUGAGCGGGGAAGAGCUGCGGAGUCUGGCGGCGGCGGCCGAAGACUGGACAGCGUCCAAGCAGCGGCCCGACUGGGCGGCGGAGGGAGCCGCCGCCACCGAUGGGGACUCGGGCAGCCUGACCUACUGGCCCGGACGGUCGGAGGAGCUGGUGCCCACGCUGCGGCUGGGCUGGCCGGAGGACCCGGCCUGGAGGGGAAUCACCCGGGUGCAGCUGUUCACCCAGCCACCCGACGAGGGCCACCCGCCCCUCAAGGAGCUGGUGCGCCAGGAAAUCCAGGCCGCCCGCAAGCUAGUGGCCGUGGUCAUGGACAUCUUCACUGACCCAGACCUGCUCUCGGACCUGUUAGACGCCGCCACACGCCGCUGGGUGCCUGUCUACCUGCUCCUGGACCGCCAGCAGCUGCCUGCCUUCCUGACACUGGCCCGGCAGCUGGGGGUGAACCCCUGGGCCACUGAGAACCUGGAUAUCCGGGUCGUGCGAGGCUGCAGUUUCCAGAGCCGCUGGCGACGGCAGGUGAGUGGCAACGUGCGUGAGAAAUUUGUGCUGCUGGACGGCGAGAGGGUCAUCUCCGGAUCCUACAGCUUCACGUGGAGCGACUCCCGCCUGCACCGAGGCCUGGUGACCCUGUUGACCGGCGAGAUUGCUGCCGCCUUCAGCCGAGAGUUCCGGACACUGUAUGCGGCCUCCUGGCCACUCCCGUCCGCGCCCACCUCGGGCCCCUUCGUCAGCAUCGUGGGGGGGCUGCAGCUGGCCCACAACCCCCACCGUGUGGCCCGCCGCCGCUCUGUGGCCCCCGUGUCACCGCCACCGCCCGAUGGCCCGCUGGCCCAACGCUUGGCCGCCUGCCGAGUCUUUGACGGGGACAGGCAGGAGACCCGGGCCACCCCAGGGCCGGCGCUGAGCGACAUCCUGAGGAGUGUCCAGCACGCCCGGACCCCCAGCGGCCCCCCGGCCCGGCCCAGCCACUCCCUGUGGGACCUGAGCCGCCUGUCCCAGCUGUCCGGCUCCAGCGACGGUGACAACGAGGUGCCAUCUGUUUUCUUUGUUUGCCCAUGGCCCCUCUCCUGCUCCCUGGCUCAGGACUCUGCUCUGUUCACCGCUGUGCCCCCAGUACCUACCUGCAGGAAGGCCUCAGGGUAGACUUCUCAGGGGACUUUCCUGCCAACAGUGGCUUAGAUCAAGUUCAUCGCAUCCCAGAGGAUGGGGAGACCUCCCUGCAGCCACAUUCCAGCAGGACACGGGGACUGUUCCCGGACCAGGCGGGGUGACAGGUUGGCUUCAAGGGAAUUAAGACCGGAGGACGGGGGUGGGGGGGUUCCGGGUGGCUCAGUCGGUUGGGCGUCUGGCUCUUGAUUUCAGCUCAGGUCAUGAUCUCUCAGUUGGCAAGAUGGAACCCCACAUUGGGCUCUGUGCUCUCAGCAUGGAGCCUGCUUGGGACUCUCUCUGUCCCUUUCUUUCUGCCCCUCCCUACCCCUCUCUAAAUACAUAAAACAGGAGGAGGAAGGCAUGGGGGGCUCAGGAUGGGGUUGAUCAAGGUGAGAGGCACUGACUGACCCUCUUCGCCUCUGGGCCUGGUGUUCAAGGCUCCGACUCCCUGGCUCCUAGCUGAUUACCAGCUUCCUAUUCCACAACCAAGCCUGAGUCAGCCCCACCAGAUGGCUCCUUCCCUGGCCACCGUCUCCUUCCCCACGACCACGGUCAGCCACCCGGGCGGUCCGCCCCGACAAACACCCCGGAUGCCAAGGCUCGCGUGUCAUCCCAUGUCGCUGCCGGGAGGGUCAGGCAGCUCUGCUCGGGGACAGACACCUGGACGCUGACCCACACGCCUCCUUCCGCCACUGACUUUAGCCUCGGCCCUUUUGCUGGGAUUCUCUGCGGCCGUGGGUGCAGCAGCUUGGCCGAGAUCUGGGCCUUCUCGCAGCAAAGCCGUGAGCCUGACUGGGCGGGGGAGGGGGUCCCGGGGGGCCUCGUCUGUCUACACUCGCUUCCUUGGUGAUGCGACCAGUCUCCUGCCUUUAAUGGCCCCGUCCACCUCUGUGUCGACCAGCCAAUUCCAGAGACGCGUGUCCUAUUGAAUCCUGAUUCGGUUGCCUCACUGCCUACUGGCGACCCUCCACCUGGACGUCCACGGGCCCCGACAGAGCUCCCGCCUUCCCCCGAGCCUCUCUCCCGGCCUCCCCAAGUCAGUUGACACCAGCAUCAUCUUCCCAGUUGCUCAAACCAAACGCCCUAGAGUCACCCUUGACUCAUCUGGUUCACACCCACGCCCCAUCUGCCAGCAAAUCCUACUGCUGCUUCCACCUUCAACAUACAACCCCAGCUCAGCCUCUUCUCUUCACCUCUGCGCGGGCCACCCCUUCCCACUCCGUGGGGCCCACCGUUGCCUCCCACCUGCGCGCUCUGCCCUCCUCGCCCACCCCUGCGGGCUGUUCGUGAAGUCAUCACCUUUGCCCACGAGGAGAUUUUUCUUCCCUAUUCUCUCGGCCUGCCACCCUUUAGAACGUGGGCUUGCGAGGCAGGCAUUGCUGCGCGUUUAUUUACUGCCGUUCUCGAUCAGGCACAUAGUAGGUGCUCCGUAAAUACCGUGCUGAAUUCACCCCUUAGUUAUGCGCUCCCCCACCCCCACACGCCUCCCUCCUCCUGCACCUUGGCC